GUGGGCUUCAUCAUGAGCUUCUCCUUCACGUCCGCAGCCGCAGGAUAAUGACCUGUCAGCCGCUGCGUGCGUCUGGCGUGGAUCGCGGUCAUGUUGCGUCUCUCUCUCUCUCUCUCUCUCUCUCUCUGUGUUCACUCAGAAGAAAAUCACACGAGUGAUUCCCUUUCUCCUCUCGGAUUCUCUUCCCCUUCUCCUGUUCCUCUGCAGGUCAGCUCGCCUCUGCUUGUGUCUGCGUGACCGCUCAUUGAACGGCUGUCGCCCUCAUCAUCAUCAUCACCCUCCUCAUCAUCAUGACUUGUGCCCUCAGGAGCGUGAAGCUGUGUAAAAAAAAAAAAGAAGUCGCUCGUUUGGUAUUUGCGCGUGCUUUGAGCCUCUCAGUAAUCACAGCCGCUAAUUAAAUGCUGGGGGACCGCACUGGAAAUGUAUAAUCUCAGCGAUGGGAAGACCUUCAGCAUGUCGACACACAAGACAAAGACGCUUCCAUGCUGUCAUUUGGACACACUUUAUUUAGACUGUGCCAUGGGGAAGAGUUUGGACUGAAAUACAGGGAGAGUUAAUAGCGCCAUAGGAGGAGAAAGGGAGCAAGAGAGAGAACGGUUGUCUGGAGGAGAAAACAUGGUCAUCACAGACAGAAACUCGGGAACUCCUGUACCUAAAAAGGAGUCGCAGAAGAAGAAGAGGAGGAAAUCUCGCCCUCAUGGUCUGCCCUCUCCAGCCCUCUGCUGUGCCUGUGGCCUGUGCAUCAUGCUGGCAGGACUCAACAUUACUCUGGUCGGAGCAUUUGCCUUCAGCACACUGGUGCCUUCUGCCAACCCCCCGAUCAUCAUCGGACCAAUCCUUCUCCUGGUGGCCUUUUCUUUUUUCGGGGCCUGCUGUGUGUGCAGCCGCCUGCCGCCUCCCCACAGCUCACGGAGGUCAAAGGUGGGUGGCAAAGGGGGAGGACUGAUGGGACACACUGGGCUAACUGGUGGCGCAGCAUUUGAAAUUGAGACCAGCGAGCACACUCUGCAGGAUACUACAGCGGUGCAACUCAGCCCCACAUCUUCCCCUGGAUCGUCGCGGGCGUCCAGCCCAGAGAUGGAGGCUCCGGAUGCAGCACCGCUAAGCUCCUGCAAACUCUUCACCAUGGAGACCAACGGUCCUUCUUCUGUUUCUGCCACAGCGGUCUACUCGGCCUCCACAGCAACAGGAGGGGAGGUGAGGCUCAAUCUGCCUCGUGAGGAAGUGGUCACCUAGCAGGGCAUUACCUCUUCCAAGGCCAGAGUGUUAGCAGUGUAAAUAUCCUUCUGAGCCAAGGGCCGGCUGAGUGUGAUUGUGUCCUGUAGUUAUGUAGUGAAAUAUUUCUGGUUGUGACAAGUUCUCAGCAGUAUGCUUUUGAAUUCUCUCGCUAUGUUGCCCACUAGUAACUAGCAUGCAGAAAGAAAAAAAAAAAUCCAAGUAUCGUGUGGCUCAUAGGUUGAGGAAUUCAGAUUCCUACAUCUGCUGCGCUGUCCUUGACGUCUUUGUUUUAACUAGGGCAUUAUGAACAGUGUUUUUUUUUUCUCUGUGGAAACUGAACUCAGUGUCUGAAACCAUAAACAUUUAUCUGUAGCUGUUCGUCUUGUCUGUGAAAACCUGUUCUGCCAGCAUUGGUUUGAGGAGCCUCCUCUGAAAAAAUGUGAUUGUUGACUUGUUCUAAAAUGUAAAAGAUUAAAUGUGAAAGGUCAGAAUUGAAAACAUGGAUGUGAUGACAUUUGAUAUUUUUAUUUGCCAACCUCCCUGCUGAACUUGUUUGGGGAGCAUAAAAUAUUAAAGGUCACUUAGGUCCCAAAGCAAUAUGGUCUCACCUGAGAUUAAAUUCAAGCCAUUUAAAAGUAAGGGAUGCCACGACACUUGUCUACAACCAACAGCUUUGUAAUGAACGAGGUAUGUGUUACUGUAUAUGAACAUGUAGUUGGAAUCAUUAUUCUUGUAGUUUGACAAGAGACAAGUCAUCACAUAAACACCACAGGCACUGUGUUUCCUCACCAUGAUUGCGACUGCUUUUAAAUUCACAUGUGUAUUUUUACACAUCACUCGAAUCGCAGUUUUAAAGUCUCAUGAUCCACGUGCAAAAGAGACUUAUAUCAUUUUAAUGUAUGGAGUUAGACAACUAGACUUUGAAUUACACAGUGUGAUUGGACACGGAAACGGGAACAUUGUUGGCGAAACGAGAACAUGUGAAUUUUCAUUUUUCACGUCUAACGUGGGACCACGCGGCGGUGUAGUGGUUAUCACUCUUGCCUUGCAGCGAGAAGACCCGGGGUCGAGCCCUGGUUGGAACUUC